AUGAUAAAGUCGAAGGUGAGUUCUGCAGGUAAAAAAUUAUAUCUGAAUGAGGCUAGUCUUAUUAAGAAUAUUUAUGAUCACACUUCCCAAAUAGUGAAACUGGAUACUAAACCUAUCUCUAUUGAAGAUUUAUCGAAGUGUGAAGCAAUUGAGUCAGAUGAAUUGGCUUUACCUUUAGAGUAUCAAGUCCUGUCAGUUUAUAAGAAGAAAUUAAAGGGUAACAAUCCCAUAAAAGAGGCUGUUGCUCAGCUUCGAGGCAUUCAUUCACCUGUACAGAAGUUUAGAACGAUUUAUCGAGUUUUUAAUAAAGAGUCUAUGUUAUACAAAUGCAAAUAUUUCAGAUUAACGUAUUUCCCAACGGAUCAUUUUCUAUGUUUAUAUAGGAAAAGCAGACCUGCUAUUAAUGUUAUGACAUCAAAUCCUUUAAUAUUCAAUGGGAAUUUUCCAAGAAAGGAUGAUGACAAUUCAGUACCUCUUGAAAAUGCCCAAUCAGAGUUAACAAAGAAAUUUCGAACGAUUUUACGAAGAUAUCCAUCAAUCGAUCCCAGGGACUAUGCAUAUAUCAGAACAAUGGCACGUAACUCAAUUCGAAUCCAAUUUAUUAAAACCUGGUGUAAUCUAAAUGGGGACAAAGCAGUAGAAGAAGCAAUCGAAUACGGCCUCAAUAAGUCAAAGAAAACCAGUGCGUCACUUGAAAGUUUUAAAGAUGAGAAGAAGAAGUAUUCAUUUAUCGAUUCUGAUGGUCAGACUCUAGAAGGGGUUGCUAAAGAUGGGUAUUAUCAAUAUCAGGUAUUCAAAUUUCCAGAUAGGAAAUGUAAAAAAGAGUUUGAAGCAUGUGUUAGAGAAAGUGUGUCAGCUGUAGCCAAAUUAUCAUGGAGUGACAUUCUAAAAUGCAAAGGAACCGAUAAAAAUAUAUCAUGGGUCGAGAGGACAAACAGCUCAUUAAACAUAUCUGCUUUAAACAAAAUGUUGAAAGGCCAAGAAUUACCUACACUUCUGAGAAAAUAA